AUGGGUAUACUUAAUAAACCACAUAAAAUUUUGAACUUAUUAAAGUGUGAUGUACCUCUACGUGUCCAUGAAUAUGUUUCGAAGGAAGAAGUAUUAAAAACUGAGAAACAUUGUUAUGAAUGGGCGAAGGAUUUUGGAUUAAUUGCGAAAAAGACUACGAAUAAAGAAUUUAAAGGAAGCAAAUUCGGACUACUUAUUUGUUACAUAUUUCCAACAACGCCCUUUGAAAGGCGUUGCCUUGCUAUCGAUUUUUUUAAUUGGUUAUUUUUUGUUGAUGAUUUAAUUGAUAAUAAUAAAGAUUUAAAAGGAAAGCCUGAAGAAAUAAAAAUAAUACUCGAUAAAUUCAAGAACAUUUUGAAUGAUAAACCACAACCAGAAUUUUUACAAAACCCAAUAGCUAUUGCGCUAUGGGAUGUAUGGGCUAGAAUGAAAAAAAUAACCACAGAAGCAUGGCAAUUAAAUAUUCCUAAUUCUGUGGAUGCAUAUAUCAAGAUCAGAAGAAAUUCAGGAGCAGUAAUGACUAGUUUUAAUUUAAUUGAGCCCUUGCUCGGAAUUCAAGUUUCGUAUGAUAAUCAGGACUUGCAAAAUCUUAUGGAUUACUGUACUUUACAUAGAGACGG